UGGCUAAAAACCAACAUGACUACUUGCAGUGUGGUCAGCACACCGGCGCGAUUUGCCCGCUGUUUGGCUAAUUUUCAGGUAGACGAGCUAUUGCUGCUGAAAAAGUCCGUGCUGAUGAUGGAGGCAAUGGAAGAUGCUCCGACCACCGCGUGCCCAAAGGCGAAGUCCGAUGGUUCCCAGCUGCCGGAGCAAAUGGCCUUGAUGGCAGCAGAUCGCAGUGAGCAUGACACCACUGGUUCCUCUGGUCCCUGGCAAUCGCAUCCACACGCCCCGGCCUCAUGGCCAGAAGAGAAACCCUCCAAGUUGCAGACCAUUUUCCAGAUCAGCAUUACGUCCUUGGCCUUUCUGUCGUUCGGCGGCUAUCUCCUCUGCCUAAUCGUGCAUGCCAUCAAGAGCAAGGGCACGACCUACUACCAUCCAGUGGCCUCUACCAGCUCCACAUCCGGUAAUGGCAAUGUAAAGCGCAUCAAGGUUUACCGGCGUGGGAAGCGUAGCUCCAUUCGCCUUCGCCCCAGUCCGGCAGUUCUGCUGCAGCAGGACUACGUCUCUUACAUGAACGCUGUGCGGGAACGUAGACGGAGGAUGCUCACCUAG